UCUUGGAGCGGUCCCAGUAUGCCAGUGACGACCCGUUCUUCAAGCACAAGUGUCGCUUCUGCCACAAGGUGUUCGGCAGUGACAGCGCGCUGCAGAUCCACGUCCGCUCACACACAGGCGAGCGACCCUUCAAAUGCAACAUCUGCGGGAAUCGUUUCUCCACCAAAGGCAACCUCAAGGUUCACUUUGAGCGGCACAAGGCGAAAUACCCUCACAUCAAGAUGGACGCCACACCGGUUCCUGAACACCUGGACCGUCACCCUAACCUGCUAGCCGCCUUCCCACCCACGCCAAUCCCACCCACCGUCCCUCUCCCACCUCCCAUGCCCCCGUCGCUCCACCACCCUGUGUCCUCCAUGCCUGGCCACUUCCCCGUCUCUUUCCUCGGCCCCCACAUGUCUCCCUUUGGCCUCAUGCCACCCCCACGGGACGCCGCCCACUUGCCUUUCCCCCACCCCCUCAGCCUGUCCCUUCCCUCCUCCAUUCCUAUGCCCCUCCCACCCAGCAGGGAUUCCUUCUCCAUGAGGCGAGAAUCUCCUCUAACCAGGAUGAACCUCGUUAGCUCCACCCCUAACGAGGCCAGCGUCAUCAAAUCUCCACAGCCGCGAGCAAGCCCCGCCCUCAGCGCGCGAGACUCCUCCCCUUCCUCAGACCGCAGCAAAUCCCAACACCAGCUCUCACCCUCCCUCACGCCGCAGCAGCGCUCUCGCCAUUUUUCCCGGGAGUCUCCAUACCAGCGCGAGAUGAACGACAGCUACAACAGCGACGACAACAACGAGGGAAGCAUCUCCAACAAUAACAACAACAACAUCAAUAAUAACAACAAUAACAAUAACAACAACAACAACGAUUCGGAGGGCAAGAGAUCUGAAGAGCAGAACUCCGAGGAUCAAGCUAAACGCGAUGCCUUGAGCCCGAGAGGCGGAGACAGAAGUCGAAGCCCUUCCCCUGCCAGUAGGAAAGCCACGCCCAGUGUUUCCAGCACGCCCGGUGCCGCCGCCGCUGGUCCUGGGUCCCCCCACCGAGGCUCCUCCCCUUCCCCCUCCCCCCAUAACUCCCCCGCCUCCGUCAUCAGCUGGGCGUCUUUGACCUCUCCCCAGCCUCCCCUACUGCCUGGUCACCAUGGCAACCUUUUACCACCGCAUCACCCACUUCCACCCGGCUUCCCCGGCCUUGGCCUUCCCUUCCCCGGCACACCCACCUCCUUCCCGCUCCACUCCCACCUCAACCCGGUUCUACCAAUGUCCGGACCUAGACUGAGCGGACACUCCCCAUUCCUGCCCCCACCACCCCCGCCGCCCCCACCCCAGAUCUCCAACCCUGCCUCGGACGGCGGAAUGUUCCGGAACUCGAUCCUCCCCACAAAGACGAUCGACCCCUCCGAGAACCUAGAGCAGUAUAUGGAGGUCCAGAAGUCAGAGACCUCGAAGCUAGAACAGCUUGUCAAGAAUAUAGAGCAGAAGAUCACAGACCCCAACCAAUGCGUCGUGUGCCAUCGAGUCCUGAGCUGCAAGUCGGCGCUCCAGAUGCACUACAGGAUCCACACCGGCGAGAGACCCUUCAAGUGCAAGAUCUGCGGCCGCUCGUUCACUACCAAGGGGAACCUCAAGACUCACAUGGGCGUGCACAGAGCGAAACCGGCGCUCCGCAUGAUGCACCAGUGCCCGGUGUGCCACAAACAGUUCACCAACGUCCUUGUCCUGCAGCAGCACAUUCGAGCACACACCAGCUCCAUGCAGCCCAUGCCGCACCUCCCGCUCCUCCCGUCUCCUAUGGACUGGGCCUCACACAGACCUUUCGGCAUGGGUCGCCACCACCCGUACUUACCUCCCUUACCUCCCGACAUGCAGAGUCUUGACCUGUCCCGGGGUGCCCACUUCCCAGGUGGUCUAGACGGCCGUUUCCCGUUCGGUGAGCGCUCUCGCAGUCUGGAGAGUGAUCGGAAGGGCGACAUGUUCACGCCGAACAAGGAGAAAUCAGACAUACAGGAGGACAAAGAGAGCGUCCGCUGUAAGACGGAGACCGGAUCUGACGAGGAGUUGUCCAAGGAGGAAGAUCUGAGCAAACCACAUUCCCCGAGCAGCCCCGGCUGUGAGGACAAGGACAGAGCGGCCUCCAGUCUCUCAGAGUCUGCCCGGGACACGUCACCUCACGCAGGGAUGCAGUUCUCCAAACCAGACUUUGACUCAGCUUUUUUACCGCCAGCAUUCGGCAGCACACCCUUCGGCGCCCCUUUAGCGGCUUUAGAAGAACGUGUCAAGGCGAUUGACAGCCAGGUAUCCCAGACAUCAUUCGAGAAGUUUCGGAACAGUAUGGGCUUGGACUCAACAUUCUUCCCAUCAGCGAUGUCUGGCGUUCACCUCGACAAGAGCUCGGAGUACGGGUCUGAAUCUGCCAGCAAAUCGGAGAGCCCCUCCUCGGGAGACAUCCCACCCUACGGCUUCCCAAUGUUCGCCGGCUAUGACGGCAGCGGCGAGAGAGGAAACAUGUCCACAACUUGCAACAUCUGCAUGAAAACGUUCGCUUGCAGGAGCGCGCUGGGUAUACAUUAUCGAAGUCACAGCAAAGAAAAACCGUUCCAAUGCCACAUCUGCGACCGAGCUUUCAGCACUAAGGGCAACAUGAAGCAGCACAUGUUGACGCACGACGCAGAGGAGAGAGCGGCGGCCGGCGAGAGCCAGACUGGCGAGGAGGACAUGCCGGACAGAGACUUUGGCGAAGAUGAUGACGACGACGACGACGAGUUGCCGAAUGAAAAUUACCAGGCAGAGGAAGAUGCGAUGGACGAGUACGGAAUGGCUCAAGACUUGGAGCAGGAUGAGGAUAUGGAUGACAUGGGGGAAAGGUUUAACGAGUCAAAUCCAGACGACAUUGAAGCUUUGGACGAAUCUGAUCGACAAGCGAUAAAAACUGAAGACGAUUUACAAGACAGAAAAGAUAGCAUGUCCCAGCCCGGUGUAGACCCCAACGACGAUACAGAAGAGGAGGGCGCCAACGAUCCAGCCAGUGAAUCCCAAGCCCGGGCCGGCUCGCCAGACACAGCCCAGGACACGUCAGAGCGGGAAGCCAAAACGCCAUCUCACCCUGACCGCCCGAGUUCCAACCCCGACAGCUCAUCUAUCUCAGAGAUAAAGCCUGAGAUAAACGACAGUCAGACGACGCCCCAACAGAAGCAGCGACCAGGGGGUCACGGCGACUUUACGUCCAGCUCCUCGCCUCCCACAGACUCCCUGUCCAGCCAAUCACCUGGCAACCAGACUCGGAGACCCAACGGCCCCAAGCACCAAUGCAUGACGUGCAUGAAACCCUUCUCCUCCGCCUCGGCGCUACAGAUUCACAUGCGCACUCACACAGGUGACAAACCAUUCAAGUGUACUGUCUGCAGCAAGGCUUUCACCACCAGAGGGAACCUCAAAGUUCACAUGGGCACUCACAUGUGGAACAACAGCCCAUCACGACGGGGACGGCGCAUGUCCAUAGAACCCCCCUUCCUCCUCUCCCACAUGAAAGAUAACCCCUUCCUCCCCCCUGGCUUCCCACCUCGCCCCCACCCCGACUUCUUCUACCAGUACCCUCCCCCUAUGAUGAACGGUCUAGGUUCUAAAAUGAAUGAGAUCUCGGUGAUCCAAAGCCUGGGUGGCGGCCUCCCCAAUCUGCCCCCGAUCCCACCCCACCUCAUGCACGGAUUUCUUCCCAAGGAAGAGCUCAAGUCCGAGUUCCGGCCCGAGCACCCUCGUCUGCCAACUACCUCAGAGAUGGACACACCACGUGACCCCCACUCGUUCAAACAGGAAGUAGACCAGAGGCCGUCCUACCCGAACACGCCGACCGGCGAGCUAGAUCUCAGCAUGAAGUCCUCCUCCUCCUCAUCCUCCUCCUCCGGCCCCGCCGCCCCGCCCCCACACCCGGAGGACAACAGGACGCGGUCUCCCUCCGCCUCCCCUCCCCCACCUCAGCAACAACAACAGCAGCAGCCGUCCUCUUCCUCAGUCCCACUUACCAUCAACGCCCCGCCCCCUUCCGCCAUCUCCAGCACUUCCUCCAGUACGCCGUCGCCCAGCAACAACAAGGAAAACAGCAGCGCCAGCCUGGCGUUGGACUUGCGCAACAUGGGUCGCGGUGGGGCUCCAUGGCUGUGGGGCAGCGUCCCGUGCCACCACUGUGGUCAGCUCUUCCCCUCCCCGGACUCGCUGGAGCACCACGUGAGGAGCCAGCACCUCAGCAAACCCGCCGACUCCGCACAACAUUCCCUGUCCAAGGCAGAGCCACUCCCACCUCUGCCACCCAAGGCUCUCCUGGCCUAAAGCUGCUUCCACACAGAGACGUUUGGCUUUACGCACCCUUGACUUUACGUUCUCUGAUCAGUUCAAAGAGCGAAUUCACAUGGCUGGCUGUCUUUUGAGCGGACGAUUAGGGCCAUUCCGUGAAAACUGACACACAUCAUGUAGGGGUGAUAACCUGCUGAAAUGGGGGGGGGGGGUCUAAAUCUAAGCGAUGAUAUAGCCAUUCUUUUUUUCUUUGUGUUUGGCGUAGGUUGCAUCUAACAAACAAAAAGAGUAAAGAAUGGCUUUAACACUGCUUAGAUCUGUGUCAGUAGGCCAUCACCUCCCCAGUAUGUGUACCUCUUGUCAUGGAACGGGUCAAUACCGUUUUGUCCCAACUGUGGAACAGGAUAUAUCUCGAAGACCCCCACUGAACCCAAAACGGGCCGGAGACAUCGUGACUAUAAAUUCUACCAGGCGUGUGACUGUACGUCAGUGGACCAUUUCUCAGCGUAGUCUCAAGCGUUGGCUGAAGAGGACACCCCUCUCUUCCGUAACUUAAGUAGCGCAAGCUGGCUGGCGAUCAUGCAUUCAUGAUUCCAUUUUUUUAAACAUCUCAUGUCUUUUUGUGCACUCUUUUCGCUUAAUACUUACAUUAUAUUCUCGGAACGCAAACUUUGUUCGAUCUUACCACCAGGAUUGUGAAUGUCUCAAUGCUGAAAAUGAUUACUUACUUUGGAAAAACAAAUUGUUUUUACGUUUGAUUUCUUGUAAAUGACAUUAAUUAAUUUCCUCACUUUUUGUGCAUAGAUCUAUAUGUGUGUGUAUUUGUGUGUGUGUGUGUGUGUGUGUGUGUGUG